AUGUCAGAUAAGGUUGACUGGUUACAAAAUCAAAAUGCAGUAUGCAAAGUUGAUGUCUAUUCUCCUGGAGACAGCCAAGCCCAGGGCUGGAAAAUGGACACCUCCACGGAUCCUGUCAGAGUGCUCAGCUGGCUCCGCAGAGACCUGGAGAAAAGCACAGCAGAGUUCCAAGAGGUUAGGUUCCAGCCCGGAGAAUCAUCAUUUGGUGGGGAAGUGUUCAACUCAGGAGACCCACACAAAGGUUUCUCUGUAGACUAUUACACCACCACCACCAAGGGCACUCCAGGGAGAUUGCAUUUGGAGAUCACUCACAAAGAGAAUCCUUUCCAGGGCCCCAGGGCCCAGCUUGGCAAUGGGAGUUCAGUAGAUGAAGUUUCCUUCGAUGCUAACCGCCUCACGAAUCUAGUCAUAGCCAUGGCCUGCAGAGAGAUCAAUGAGACAAUCGAUGGCUCUGAAAACAAAUGUGACCGUCAGUCAUUGUACAUGGGGAAUGAACCCAUCCCCACCAAAAGUCUCAGUAAGGUAGCAUCAGAGCUGGUGAAUGAGACCCUCUCUGCAUGUGCCAGGAAUGCUGCCCCAGGCAAGCCUCCCGGCUCUGGAGAAGCAUCAGAAUCAUCACAAAAUCCUCCAAAUUUGAAAUACAAGUCCACUUCGAAGACGAAGGAGAACACCAAGGAAAGACCGGGUCCAGAGGACAAGCCUGCUUCUAAGAAGUCUUUCUUCUGUAAGGAAGUGUUUGAAUCUCGUAACGCAGAUUACGCCAGAGAGGGUGGCAGGUUCUUUCCUUGGGAGAGAAAGAUGUGUCGAGGGCAGGAAAGGGCUGAUGACUUUACAACUUCAGUUAGUGAAGGGAUCAUGACCUAUGCUAACAGUGUGGUGUCUGAUAUGAUGGUCUCCAUCAUGAAGACACUGAAGAUCCAAGUGAAAAACACAACCAUUGCCACCGUCCUGUUGAAGAAGGUUCUCCUCAAGCAUGCAAAAGAGGUGGUCUCAGAUCUCAUCGACUCCUUCAUGAGGAACCUCCACAAUGUCACAGGGACCCUCAUGACCAACACAGACUUUGUCUCGGCUGUGAAAAGAACCGUCUUCUCGUAUGGAAGACAAAAGGCCUCAGAUAUCAUGGAUGCCAUGCUAGGGAAGCUGUACAAUGUGAUGUUUGCGGAGAAAGUCUCUGAGCAUAUCAGGAAAGCCAAAGACAAGGCUGAGAGUUAUUCCUUCCUCUGCAUGAAAGGAAUGGGUGAUCCUAAAAAACGAAAUGUGAACUCUGCCAUGAGAUCUGAAGCUAAAUGGAGAGAAAUAAUGUAUUCUGAAGCCAAAUCAGAGAAGGAGAAGACUUGUGCCGAAACUCUGGGUGAACACAUUAUCAAAGAGGGGCUGCCUUUGUGGCAUAAAAAUCAGAAAGAAUGUGAAUCUCCAGGUUUCCAGCAUGCAGCCUUUGAAGGUCCUGAUGCACACUGUAAGCCUGCACCAGACAUUUCCUUUGAGUACCCUGAAGAUAUCUGCAACCUCGGCCCUCCUCCAUAUCCCCCAGAGAAACCGGAGAAUUUUAUGUUUAAUUCAGACUCCUGGACCAAGGACCUGAUCGUACCUGCCCUACCUCUGAUUCAAUAUCACCUGGCCCAGGGAGGAAGAAGGAAUGCACAGAGCUUCCUUGAAGCUGCUGGAACCCCCAACUUUCCUGCCAACAAAUCUCCUGUAGUUCCUGAUGAAUCCUGCCUGAAGACUGCUCACAAUGUCGAUGACCAAGAACAAGCAGAAAAGAAGAACCUAAUGAGUGUUUUCUUCAAUUUCAUCCGGAACUUACUGAGUGAGACCAUUUUCAAGCGUGGCCAUUGCUCUGAACCCAAGGUGCCGGAACAGCGACUUAAGGAAGAUAUAAACUUGUGUGAAAGACCUUUAACCUCUUCACCCCCCAAACCAUGUGAAGAUGAUGAGACCCCUGGUGCCUUUUCUGGGCUGACCAAGAUGGUUAUCAACCAGCUAGAUGGCAACAUGAAUGGGCAGAUGGCAGAACAUCUGACGGCCUCAGUGAUGAAGCUGUGUCUCGUCAUUGCCAAGUCCUGUGAUACUUCUUUGACAGAGCUGGAAGAUGGCAAGUCUGGAGAUGCCAGCAGGCUAACGUCGGCCUUCCCAGAUAGUUUAUAUGAGUGUUUGCCAGUCAAGGGCACUGGGGCAGCAGAAGCUCUUCUGCAGAAUGCCUAUCAAGCUGUCCAUAACGAACUGAGAGGGGUAUCAGGACAGCCCCCUGAAGGGCGUGCAGCACCCAAGGGGAUUGUCGGUAAUCACAGCCUAAUAGAUACGGUUCAGAACAAGCAACUCCAAGCCGUCCUUCAGUGGGUAGCUGCCUCUAAGCUCAGCGUCCCUAUUCUGUAUUUUGCUGAUGAUGACGAAGGGAUCCAGGAGAAGCUACGCCAGCUCUCGGCUGCUGCUGUGGACAAAGGAUGCAGUGUGGGUGAGGUUCUGCAGUCAGUGAUGCGCUAUGAGAAGCAGCGCCAGCUGAAUGAGGCACUGGGGAAUGUCACGCCACUGCAGCUGCUGGACUGGCUGAUGGCGAACCUGUGA